UUGAAGCUGCAGUGAGCCAUGAUUGCGCCACUGCACUUCAGCCUGGGUAGCAGAGUGAGACCCUGUCUCAAAGAACGACAACAAAAAGAACUAAUGUGCCAUUUUUACUUUUACUAAAACUUGGAAAGAGGAAACAUAUGUUGGAAGAGAUUACCAAAGGUUAAAAGUAGAGUGAAUAUAACCUAGAUGGAACAGACGUUUUGUGUGAAAUUUAGUAUCUUUAAUAAGACAGCAGGAACUGAAUGAAUACAACACACCCAACUGACAAACAGAGAGAACAUGUUUAUUUAGCUGUAUGUAUAUACGCUUAACUACACCCAAGGGAGCUGUAGAGUUAGAAAAACAUGAACCAUUAACAGAUGUGACCUCCUUGCAGAACUUUUACUUUGAAAAAGAAGUACUCCGGAACCAGAUUCACAUGUGUGAUAUUUGGAUGCAGAGAAAAUGGGGCAGAAAGCAUCGCAACAGUUGGCUCUGAAGGACAGCAAAGAGGUGCCCAUCGUCUGUGAGGUGGUCAGUGAAGCUAUAGUCCAUGCAGCUCAGAAACUGAAGGAGUACCUUGGAUUUCAAUAUCCUCUGAGUCAACUCUGCCCAGCUGCAAAUACUCUGAAUGAGAUCUUCUUAAUCCAUUUCAUCACUUUCUGCCAGGAAAAGGGAGUUGAUGAGUUGCUGACCACCACCAAGAUGACCAAGCACCAAGCCUUCCUGUUUGGCGCAGACUGGGUUUGGACCUUUUGGGGAUCCGACAAGCAAAUAAAGCUUCAGCUGGCAGUACAGACUCUGCAGAUGUCUUCACCUCCUCCUAUGGAAUCUAAACCUUACGACCUUUCCAAUCCAGAACCAAGGGUAGAGAAGUCUUCCUGGAAGAAAAGCAGAUUUGAUAAGCUGGAAGAAUUCUGUAACUUAAUAGGAGAGGAUUGCCUGGGUCUGUUUAUCAUCUUUGGUAUGCCAGGAAAGCCUAAAGACAUCAGGGGAGUUGUCCUGGACAGUGUCAAAAGUCAGAUGGUGAGGAGCCAUCUGCCAGGAGGGAAGGCUGUGGCUCAGUUUGUCCUGGAGACUGAAGAUUGUGUCUUCAUCAAAGAGCUGCUCAGAAACUGUCUGAGUAAGAAAGACGGGCUGAGAGAGGUGGGCAAGGUUUAUAUUAGCAUUCUCUGAUUUGGAUAUGUAUUAUGUGACUGGCCUGUAAGAGGAAAAGAAAAAAGAUUCUAAUAAGCAAGCUCAUCUAUUUGCAUCAUUCCAGCAUGGGAUUUUUUUUUCAUUUGUUUUCCCAUUGAUUGAAAAUGAUUACUGGGAUCAAAGUAUAUUAAUGCCACAAUUACAGAGGGAGAGAGAAAAAAAGAAAACUCUGGCUCUGCCUAUGAUUUAAAAACAGUUCAGGAAAAAUUAUAAUUUAGUUUAAUAUUUCAUUCACUUAUUCAAUAAUAAAAAUGGGAAGAGAGAUAAUAAAGUCACAUUUAAAGUUUGAUUUGCAAAAAAAAAAGUGUCUUUGUUUGAAAUAAUAAGUCUAGCACUCAAAAGUAUAAAAUGUGUUUUUGCAUCUGUUGGUGGGAAAUGGGUAGGGUAAAGUAGUGGGUAAGGCUACAGAGCAGGUUUAAUUACAUUUGUAACAUCAGUUUCAAGCCAUGCACAGUGGCUUACGCUUGUGGUCUUAGCUACUCAGGAGGCUGAGGCAGGAGGAUCGCUUGAGCCCAGGAGUUUAAGGCUAUAGGGAGCUGUGAUUGCACCACUGCACUCCAGCCUGGGCAACGAGUGAAUCCUCAUCUUUUAAAAAAAAAAAAAAGGUUUGGUUCAGGACUCCUGAGCAAAACUCACAUUGUUCUUUUCCUCUUAACAUUUACCUUAUUCUGCCUUCUCCCUAGCUGCUGUCCACACUGAGAGGACUUUGAUGGGAUUUGAGAUUCACUUUAGUGUUAGCUCUGCCUAUGAUUUUAAAACAGUGACCUAUAAAACUAUUCCUUUUAAUAAUACUUGUUUAGCCUUUGCAGUAAGGAAAAUGUAUUCACAUAUAAUAAUCAUUUUUGCUUAAAAGCCACUGUGGAAUUAUAACAGUACAAAGAGGAAUCACCAUUAUUUAUUGUACUUGCAAGUCAAGUCAGAUGCUUUACAUAUAUUAGCGUGAUUUUCAUGUGUCCUCCAUGACUCUAAGAGGUUUCUAUUUGCCAAAUCAAAGAGGCUAGAUAACGCAUAAAUCUAUUAAGUGGCUCGUAACAAAAAAGUAAAGUCUGCCCAGUUACAAAACCCAUAUUCUACCGUCAUGUAAAGAAAAUUCCCUGUAAGCCUAUAAAUUAUGUUAAGUAAAAAUCAAUUAAAAAAAAAGAAGAAGAAGAAAAGAAAAUUAGUUAGCCAGGAAGGGUAGCUGUGAUUCCAACACUUUGGGAGUCUGAGGCAGGAGGAUUGCUUGAGCCCAGGAAUACAAGACCAGCCUAG